CACCGCGCAAGCCGCUUUCUCAGCCCACCCUGGGAAAUGGGAGUCAGGCUCCUGGAGCAGGGCGGUGGGAGGGUGGGGUCCGGACUGUGGGAAGCUUUGGGCCUGGCCCCUGCAGGGUCGAUCCGUGUCCAUCUCUGAUCUGGGCUCCUAGCCCCGUCUCCUGUUCUAGGCCAAGAGGGGCUUCAGAUGUCAGGCCGGGUGCAGCCGUCUUGGGCCGCCGCUGGCAGUGCCCGGGCUGCCCCCCCCCCCCCCCCGGCCACAGGGCCCCAGAUCUGGGCCUCACAGCCUGCAUCCUGCCCGGAUCCCAGGUCCACCCGCGCCUCCCCACCCCCUGACCUACUCCUUCCGGCACAUUCCCCUUUCCAGGUCCCUGACAGUUGCCAGACUUUAACACCAUGAGCUUUGUGGCAUACGAGGAGCUGAUCAAGGAGGGUGACACGGCCAUACUGUCGCUGGGCCAUGGUGCAAUGGUGGCAGUGCGUGUGCAGCACGGGGCACAGACGCAGACCCGGCACGGCGUCCUGCGGCACUCGGUCGACCUCAUUGGCCGCCCCUUUGGCUCCAAGGUGACCUGUGGCCGAGGUGGCUGGGUCUACGUGCUGCACCCCACACCUGAGCUCUGGACCCUGAACCUGCCGCACCGCACGCAGAUCCUGUACUCCACUGACAUCGCCCUCCUCACCAUGAUGCUGGAGCUGCGGCCUGGCUCCGUGGUCUGCGAGUCCGGCACCGGCAGUGGCUCCGUGUCCCAUGCCAUCAUCCGCACCAUCGCACCCACGGGCCACCUGCACACGGUGGAAUUCCACCAGCAGCGGGCCGAGAAGGCUCGGGAGGAGUUCCAGGAGCACCGCGUGGGCCCCUGGGUGACUGUGCGCACCCAGGACGUGUGCCGCAGUGGCUUCGGCGUGAGCCACGUGGCCGACGCCGUCUUCCUGGACAUCCCAUCGCCGUGGGAGGCUGUGGGCCACGCCUGGGAUGCCCUCAAGGUCGAAGGUGGGCGCUUCUGCUCCUUCUCACCGUGCAUCGAGCAGGUCCAGCGGACGUGUCAGGCGCUGGCGGCCCGCGGCUUCACGGAGCUCAGCACGCUGGAAGUGCUGCCACAGGUCUACAACGUGCGCACCGUCAGCCUGCCCCCGCCUGACCUGGGUGCCUGUGCCCACAGCCCUGCCGGCCCCGGCCCCAGCCUCUUCCGCAGCGGCACACCCAUGAAGGAGGCUGUGGGCCAUACCGGCUACCUGACCUUUGCCACCAAGACCCCGGGCUAGUGGACCGCUGCCCGUGGACACCAGGAAGUGGGGACCAGCGGGCAGGGAGGCCGGGGCGCCAUCAGUGGUCAGUGGAUGGCGCCAGGGCCUGUGUUUAGAAUGGACGGUGGGCAGGGCGGGGGGCCUCCUGUGUGGUCAGAGGAUGGGCCCAGAGGGGCCACCAUGUGGGGCUGGUCCCACUGCUGUCACUGCUGAGCUAGGUGACCUGUCCUGGCUGCUGCUUAUGGCCCCUGUGAAGCCUCCCCUGCCAGAGAUGCUGGGGUUCUGCAGGUCGUGGGCUGAGCUGGGGCACUGGCUGCCUCCCUGUCCUCCCUGGAGCUGGCAGCCCAGGGCCGGCCUCCCCUUCCACCCUGGGCAGUGUCUGGCUGGAGCCGUGGCCACAGCUACAUGGAGAAGAGCUGAGCAGGACAGCCAUUUGCUCCUGGUGGCCUGGCCUGCUCACUGGAACCAGACCCUGGGGUCACGGAGAAGCCCCCCCACCAAGACAGUGGCGCAGGUUAGGGGUCCUGUGUCCAGGACGCCUCCAGGAACAGUUUCCUCAAUGCCUUUGAAGGCUGAGGGACACUUCCUGGUACGGGGGUUCCUGGUCAGCUGUCCUGCGGUGUGGCGGGCCUCACUUCCAUUGCUGUGGCACACUACUGGCACUGAGGCAGGACCAGUGCACGAGAACUAGACGGUCUGCCCGGCCAUCACAAGCCUGGGGUCGUGCUGGCACCAGGCACCUACUGAGCAAUAAAGCGCUACCCACCUGC